AUGUUGGAGUCGCAUGCUACUUACAACAACCCUAAACCAAAACUUUUUUGUUUGUUUGUUUUACAGGGCCGUUGUUCAAGAGAGAACUGCAAGUAUCUUCACCCUCCGACACACUUAAAAACUCAACUAGAAAUUAAUGGGAGGAACAAUUUGAUCCAGCAAAAAACGGCAGCAGCAAUGCUUGCCCAGCAGAUGCAAUUUAUGUUUCCAGGAACACCACUUCAUCCAGUGCCCACUUUUCCUGUAGGUCCUGCAAUAGGGACAAACACGGCUAUUAGCUUUGCUCCUUACUUAGCACCUGUAACCCCUGGAGUUGGGUUAGUCCCAACGGAAAUUCUACCCACCACACCCGUUAUUGUUCCCGGAAGUCCACCAGUCACUGUCCCGGGCUCAACUGCAACUCAGAAACUUCUCAGGACUGACAAACUGGAGGUGUGCAGGGAGUUCCAGCGAGGAAACUGUGCCCGGGGAGAGACCGACUGCCGCUUUGCCCACCCCGCCGACAGCACCAUGAUCGACACAAACGACAACACCGUAACCGUUUGUAUGGAUUACAUAAAGGGGCGUUGCAUGAGGGAGAAAUGCAAAUAUACUCAGUCGACUGCCAAAGCAAUGAAGCGACCUCUCGAAGCAACUGUAGACCUGGCCUUUCCCCCCGGUGCUCUUCAUCCUUUACCAAAGAGACAAGCACUUGAAAAAAGCAAUGGUACCAGCGCGGUCUUUAACCCCAGCGUCUUGCACUACCAGCAGGCUCUCACCAACGCACAGCUGCAGCAACACGCCGCAUUCAUCCCGACAGGGUCAGUUUUGUGCAUGACACCCGCUACCAGUAUUGUACCCAUGAUGCACAGCGCUACGUCCGCCACUGUCUCUGCAGCAACAACUCCUGCAACAAGUGUCCCCUUCGCAGCAACAGCCACAGCCAAUCAGAUAAUUCUGAAAUAAUCAGCAGAAACGGAAUGGAAUGCCAAGAAUCUGCAUUGAGAAUAACUAAACAUUGUUACUGUACAUACUAUCCUGUUUCCUCCUCAAUAGAAUUGCCACAAACUGCAUGCUAAAUAAAGAUUUAGUUCUCUGGACAGACCACAACUCUAAGAAGCUAGUGCUGCUAUAUCAUAUAUGAGUAUUAAAUAUGGUAUGCUUAGUAUAUUCCAACCUAAGAUAGUUAACUACCUGAGACCAGCUGUGAUGUUUAAAGACAUAAAGGAUCAAGUUUACUUUUAAAGGGUUUCUAAACAUAGUUUCUGUCCUAGGAAUAUUGUCUUAUCUCCAUAACUAUAGCUGAUGCAGAAAGUCCACCCAAUUUACUCAUUUGGACUCAGAAUAUUUCAAAUUUAGCAAUAAGCAAUUAGCAGUAGUUAAAACCUAUUCCAAGGACAGGUUCAAUUCUAACUUCGAUGUCUGUCAUUUCAUUUACCCACUGGAUCAAAGGGUAUGUUUCACUUCUUGACAAUAUGAAUGCUGCAGCAAAGACAAGAAGUGAAGUAAAACCGAUACCUGUCCUGCAGGUCUAAAAUCUGAAUGGAAAUUCAAGCACAAGUACUGGGGACACAUCAAAGUGUGGUGUUUGGUUUGCCUGGAGAUGCCACGUUGAAUCAUGUGAUUCUAGAAUAACAUUAAAUAGAUUGAAAAAGAAACUUUGCACGGUAUGAGCUUCAUACCCCACCAAACAAAGUCUUGAAGGUAUUAUUUUACAAGUAUAUUUUUAAAGUUGUUUUAUAAGAGAGACUUUGUAGAAGUGCCUAGAUUUUGCCAGACUUCAUCCAGCUUGACAAGAAUGAGAGGCCCAUGCCAACAGUCUAAUCUAAGGGAUUAGUCUUUCAAACUCACCAUCCGGUUGCCUGUUACAGAAUAACUCUUCUUAACUAAAAACCUAGUCAAACAAGGAAGCUGUAGGUGAGGAGAUCUGUAUAAUAUUCUAAUUUAAGUAAGUUUGAGUUUAGUCACUGCAAAUUUGACUGUGACUUUAAUCUAAAUUACUAUGUAAACAAAAAAGUAGAUAGUUUCACUUUUUAAAAAAAUCCAUUACUGUUUUGCAUUUCAAAAGUUGGAUUAAAGGGUUGUAACUGACUAUAGCAUGGAAAAAAAAUAGUUCUUUUAAUUCUUUCACCUUAAAGCAUAUUUUAUGUCUCAAAAGUAUAAAAAACUUUAAUACAAGUACAUACAUAUUAUAUAUACACAUGCAUAUAUAUACUAUAUAUGGAUGAAACAUAUUUUAAUGUUGUUUACUUUUUUAAAUACUUGGUUGAUCUUCAAGGUAAUAGCGAUACAAUUAAAUUUUGUUCAGAAAGUUUGUUUUAAAGUUUAUUUUAAGCACUAUCGUACCAAAUAUUUCAUAUUUCACAUUUUAUAUGUUGCACAUAGCCUAUACAGUACCUACAUAGUUUUUAAAUUAUUGUUUAAAAAACAAAACAGCUGUUAUAAAUAAAUAUUAUGUGUAAUUGUUUAAAACAUCCAUUUUCUUUGUGAACAUAUUAGUGAUUGAAGUAUUUUGACUUUUGAGAUUGAAUGUAAGAUAUUUUAAAUUUUGGCAUCAUCGCCUGUUCUGAAAAUUAGAUGCACCAACCAUGUCAUUAUUUGUUUGAGAAAAAAGAAAUCUGCAUUUUAAUUCAUGUUGGUCAAAGUCUAAUUACUAUCUAUUUAUCGUAGAUCUGAUAACCCUAUCUAAAAGAAAAUCACAUUCUAAGUGUAAUCUUACAUAGUGCUUGUAUUGUUGCAUUUGUUUUAAUUUGUGGAAAAGUAUUGUAUCUAACUUGUAUUACUUUGGUAGUCUCAUCUUUAUGUAUUAUUGAUAUUUGUAAUUUUCUCACUAUAACAAUGUAGUUAUGCUACAACUUGCCUACAACAUUCAAACUUGUUAUCUUUUUUUCUUUUUUCUUUGUUAAUCCAUUUAAACUCAUGGAAAACAUAGUAUACAUUACUAAAAGGUAAAUUAUGGGAAUCACUGAACUAUUUUUGUAGACUAAUUUUUGUAAUAUUGUCUUUCUUUUUUUUCCUUUUGUUUCCUGAUUUUAAAAAUUAUUAGCACACAACUAUUUUCAGCCCUUUAAUAAUGGAUCAUCAAAAACAUCACCUGUAUCCCCAAGCCAAUAUAGAAGACUGUAUUUUUUGCUAUGAUAUCCAUUUUCCAGAAUCGUGAUUAUAAUAUGCAAAGAGUCAUGAAUAUGCCAUUUACAAUAAGGAGGAGGCAAGGCAGAUACAUAGAUGUACAAAUAUAUGUACAACAGAUUUUGCUUUUUAUUUAUUUAUAAUGUAAUUUUAUAGAAUAAUUCUGGGAUUUGAGAGGAUCUAAAACUAUUUUUCUGUAUAAAUAUUAUUUGCCAAAAGUUUGUUUAUAUUCAGAAGUCUGACUAUGAUGAAUAAAUCUUAAAUGCUUUGUUUAAUUACAAAAACAAAAUCACCAAUAUCCAAGACAUGAAGAUAUCAAUUCAACAAAUACUGUAGUAAAGAGACUAACUCUCCACUUGUAUGGGAACUACAUUUCACUCUUAGUUUUCAGGAUAUAACAGCACUUCACUGAAAUAUUCUUUCAGCCAUAUACCACUGGUAACAUUUCUACUAAACCUUUCUGUAACACUUAAAGAAUUCCCUCAUUCAUUACCUUACAGUGUAAACAGGAGUCUAAUUUGUAUCAAUACUAUGUUUUGGUUGUAAUAUUCAGUUCACUCACCCAAUGUACAACCAAUGAAAUAAAAGAAGCAUUUAAAAGGA